CAAUGUAUUUAUUGAUGACGUCUCUGCUGGUGAUGGGCCUGGAGGCUGCGGCCACUGCAGUAACCACUCCGGGCUGCGCGUCCUGCGGCAUGCCGCCAAUGGAGAAGAAUGCGGAGCAGAGGCUUAUGGUUGAAAUCGCCAAGCAGCAGAUCUUGAACAAACUGCACCUGAAAGAGAGACCAAAUAUCACAUCGACUGUGUCCCGCGCUGCACUUCUCACCGCGCUCCGCAAACUGCACGCGGGACGUGUCAGACCGGACGGAACCAUUGAACUUGAAAACAAGAUCAAGGAAACCAAAGACCCGGGAUAUGAAAUAGUGAGCUUCGCAGAAAUGGAUGAGAUGAACACUACUACUGGCGCCCAGCCAGGCCUUACCUUCCAGUUCCAGCAGGAGAGAGACCACAGCAUCCAAGUGCUUCAGUCUGCCCUGUGGCUGUAUGUCCACUCCUCCGACACCCCUAACCGGGGUCCCCGCCCCACCGCCACAGCCCACAUCUAUCUGUCUCACCCUGGGGAGGGCAGAUCCAACCACACCCUCCUCUUGGAGAAGAUCUUGGAUGUGCAGAAGAGCAACUGGCAUACCUUCCCCAUCACCCACACCUUACAGGCCUUCAUGGACGGGGGCAAGCGGCAGCUACAGCUUGAGGUCACCUGCAAGGAGGCCGGGUUUGAGCCGGGCCAAGGCCAGAACCUGUGUGAGCUGGGUAAGACCAUGGACAUGGCUCAUCAGCCAUUUGUGGUGGCCCAGGUGCGGCUCCGUGACAACUUCAAACACAUCCUCCAGAGGAGGUCCCUGCGUUGCGGGGACAACGUCAGCGUUUGCUGCAAGAAGGACUUCUACGUCAAGUUCAAGGAUAUCCAGUGGCAGGACUGGAUCAUAGCUCCAGAAGGGUACCACAUGAAUCACUGCAUGGGUCAGUGUCCCCAGGCCCUGGCCGGGUCUCCGGGCAUUGCGUCUUCUUUCCACGCCACAGUGUUCAGUCAGCUCAAAGCCAACGGCAUCAACACAGCGGUGUCUUCUUGCUGCGUGCCCAUCCAGCGUAGGCCUCUGUCUAUGGUCUACUUCAACUCACAGCACAGCAUUGUCAAGACCGACGUUCCUGAUAUGAUCGUCGAGUCCUGCGGCUGCACGUAAACACACAAAAGAGAAAGACCGGACAUUCAGCUUAUGAUGCUUUUAGUCUGAGAAGACUGGAUUGAAUUUGUUACACACACACACACACACACACACACACACACACACACACACACACACACACACACACACA